AUGAUGAAGCUGUUUCUUUUUGCACUGAUGGUAUCAACCAUACACACAUAUCCACUAAAAGAAGAUGAGGAUAUAAAAGCUUUGGAGAGUUUGAAGAAUAAAGAGAUAGAUGAUUUAAAGAAAGUGUUAGACGACGUAUCAUAUGUGACAAAAUUUAAAAACAUGAUGGCUGAUUACGUCAAGUCUCAAUACAAUGAACUGACUGUACAUGACAUGGAGAAAAUUCAAGAAUAUUUAGAAGAUUUCUGCCACAAAUUCGCGAAAGACUUGAAAGAUAUUAUCGAAAAUGCUGAACAUUUUAAACAAAUUGAUAAAAUUGAUGAUGGAUUACCAGAUUCUACUUUUGAAGAAGUAAAAAAUUGUAUUAAAAAUGAGCUUCCGAAUAUAAAAGACGAAACAGCAGAUCAAGUCACUUUUGCCCUGAGAAAAAAUAUUUAUGUCACAAGACAAAAAAUAGACCAAGUUAUAAGAGAAUCAGAAAAAGCUGCCAUUGAUAAUUCU